AUGAAAACCGACUGGGAGGGCCGCGUCGCCGCUAUCAACGGAGCGAAAUCCGGCGAGUUGGCGGCUAUUGCGGAGGACGAAAUGGAAGGCGAGAAGGUGAUUGCCAUGGUCGACGAGACGUUUCAGGUGAUGGGAACAUUCAAUCUUGCCGAUUUUAUUCCGUGGCUCAGCCCUUUAGAUCCGCAGCGCAUCUACGCUCGCGCGAAGCGGCUCAAUCCGCGUUUCGAAGGAUAUGUGCUGGCGUGCAUUGCGGAGAGAAAGCGGAUGCUCGAAACGCGGAGGAGAGCGGGGGAACGGGGAGUGGAAGAACGGGACAAGGGGGAAAGGGACGUGGAACCAGAAAGGGGGUACAAGAAUGGUGGGGAAGGUGGAAAAGGAGAGGGAGGAGAUGUGAAGCUGGGAGGAGAAGAGUCAGUGGUGGAACGAGUUUUGGUAGAUGCACUGCUGGAAAUCGAGAGCCAAGUGGAGGAAGAGGUAACGGGAAAGGAUAGGAUAACUAGAGAGGAGAUAAUGCUGCUCUGUUUGGAUUUGAUCAAUGCUGGCACGGACACCACAGCCAAGACUGUUGAGUGGGCCCUUGCUGAGCUGGCAAGUCACCCUGCCAUGCUGGAACAUCUCCAAGCUGAGAACGCUUGUUGCCAGAAAUCCUCGGUCACCAUGGCUGCUGGGAAUUCGUUUCCUGGGACGGGCUGGUUCGCCAGCGGGAUCAACACCGCCCAGCACCUUUUUCCCAACGCGACGGCAUCAGGCGGAGACUUCCGCGCAGCGUCAGGCCUCGUCGCAGCCUUUAUCGCAGCAGUCGCGGUUCUCGUUUCCACUUCCUGGCUCUCCUUCCUCCGCCGCCGUCGCUCCCUCCCCCCCGGCCCUUACCCAUGGCCUAUCCUCGGUAACCUCCCGGACCUAGGAACGCUUCCAUUCCGCUCCCUAGCGAAGCUGGCCGACGAGUACGGUCCGAUCCUGACCGUUUGGUUCGGUUCCUCGCCGUCAGUGGUGAUUUCGUCGCCGGAGCUGGCUCUUGAGGUGCUUAAAACGAAUGACAAGCUCUGCUCGUCCCGCCCAAUGAUUCGCACAUUGGAGAUUUUCUCUCUCGGCGGGAAAAAUAUAGUGUUUUCGCAGCCCAACGACCGUUGGCGAAAGUUGCGACGGCUGGCGACGCUUCACCUUCUGUCUGCGAAGAAACUGCAGGAGAGCCUUCUCGUGCGAGAGGAGGAGGUUCGUGACAUGCUCGAUGCGAUCGCUGCUGACGCAAUAACUAAUCCUUCGGAUGUGACUAAAACGGUUGCUGCUACUACUGGAGGAACCGCAAAAUCUGCCGCCGUGGCGGAAGAGGGGAUCAUAGAAGUGCGAAGGUAUUUAAGCCGCGCGACGCUCAACAAUAUUAUGCGCAUCACCGUCGGGAAGCGCUUCGGCUAUUCGUCGAUUCGCGGCGCGGCGAGCGCCACGCCGAAGGCGCUUCUCGACGCCGCGAUGCGCAUCGAUUGGAACGCGCGCAUCGCCGCAAUGAGCGGCGAGAAAUGCGGCGGCGAGAUUCGACGUGACGCCGCUGCUGACGCGGCCGCAGCUCCAGCUACCGGUUCUGACGCUUCGGCAGCGGCUGAAAUGGAAUGUCGUACUGCUAAGACUAACUUAUCAUCUCCAACGGAGGCGACGGAAGGAGAGGUGGCGUUUGCAAUAAUCGAAGAGGGUUUUGCACUUGCGGGGGCAUUCAAUCUCGCGGAUUACGUGCCGUGGCUGAGCUACUGGGACCCGCUGCGCAUGUACGCGCGCGCGCUGCGCCUCGCGCCGCAGCUGUUCGGGCUCAUGGGCGCGUGCAUCGCGGAACGACGCCAACUCUUGCUGCAAAAAAAAUGUUCCACAAACGAAGGCAACGUGACUCUGGAGGAAGAAACCACUCUUGUCGAUACGUUGUUCGAGAUUGAAGGGGAGGGGGAGGAUCAGAUGAAUCAAGACGAGAUGCUGAUGCUGGCGAUUGAUAUGAUGAUGGCUGGGACUGAUACCACCGCCAAGACCGUGGAGUGGGCGCUUGCUGAGCUGGCACAGCACCCCGACAUGCUGGAAAUGCUCCGCGCUGAGGUGGAUGAAGCUUGUGCCAGGUCAGCAAGGGCAGCCGCGGAAGCUGGGGUGGCUGCAGCAGGAGGUUCUGAUCGUCCGGUCUCCCUUCCGGUUGCAGAAAUGCCGUAUCUGCAGGCUGUUAUCAAAGAAACACUUAGACAUUACCCUGUCGCUCCGUUCCUCGUUCCCCACCAGACAACUGGCAGCAUAACUAUAGGGGAUUACCACAUUCCUCCCAACACCAUGAUUCAAAUCAACGGCUGGGCUCUCUCCCACGAUCCAACGGUCUGGAUCAACUCGCACAAAUUUGAUCCCUCCAGGUUCCUUGUUCCUGAAGCCCCUGACGUGACCGGGCAGAAUUUCAGCCUGCUGCCCUUCGGUUCAGGCAGGCGUGGGUGCCUGGGGACGAACCUGGGAUUGGACCUGUCUGCCCGCCUGCUGGCGAAUUUCGUUCGACGGUUUGAUUUCAAGCUGCCCGAAGAUGUGAGGGCAGCUGGGGGGCUGGACAUGGCAGAAAUUUUUGGGCUGACCAUGGCUCUGGCUAAACCGCUGAGGAUUGUGGUGAGGGAGAGAAAUGCAGGGGCGGUGGUUUCUGCUUCAGGAGCAUGA